UUCUUAUGCUAUGCUACGUGGUCUUGGUGUUAGUGCGCGUGAUACAAUGCUUAUUAUGUUAAUCUUUCCCGUUAUUGAGGCACUUUCAUUUUGGAUGCUACUUAGAAAACCGAUAAUACUACCUGUGACAACAGUGGAAUCAACUGAAGAACUAAUAGCAGAUGAACCACCGUUGGAAGGCUUCAAAGAGAAAAUUAUGUACAUCAAACAUUUGGUAAAAUAUAUGGUGCCACUUGCAUUGGUUUACUUCUUUGAAUACUUUAUCAAUCAAGGAUUGUUUGAGUUGGUAUUCUUUGACAACACUUUCUUGGAUAAAGAUGCACAAUAUCGCUGGUUGAAUGUAGACUAUCAAAUUGGUGUCUUUAUAUCACGUUCAUCAGUUAAUCUCUUCCAACUUAACAAGAUUUGGUUGAUGUCGGUGUUUCAAUUUGUCAACGUCGUUUAUUUCCUCACAGAAGUCAUUUACUUCUAUACACCAAAUAUUUGGAUUGUCUUUGUCAUAGUGCUUUGGGAAGGUUUACUGGGUGGUGGCGCUUAUGUAAAUACAUUCUAUAGAAUGUCCAAAGAAAUAUCGCCUGGACGUCGACAAUUUGCAAUGUCUAUGGUUGUGCAAUCUGAUUCAUAUGGAAUUGCCUUGGCAGGAUUCCUAGCCAUUCCAGUACACAAUGCGAUUUGUUCCCUGCCUGCUGCUGUAAGAAGCGUAGUUUGGUAGUGUAAAUAUUGUACUAGCAAAAUGAACAGUAAUUAAUUUAAAUUUAAUUAGUAUAAUUAAAUACAUCAA